UAGCAGCCACACGGGGGCGCUAAUACCAAGCGUUAGCGAAAGCUACAGUGUUGGGGGAAAAAAAGCCCGGAUUUUAGCGGAGGACGUUUAAUUUACCCGAGACAAUUCUAGAUCCGUUGAUUUAUGCGUCCCGUCACGUAGAAUUUGUCUCUGCUUCAUCGGAAAUGUUUUCUUUCUCCUCCACUGUCCAGCCGCAGGUCACGGUUCCUCUGAGUCACCUGAUCAGCGCCUUCCACGCUAUUAAGGGUUCGGUGGUCAAACCUCAGCACAGAGAGAGAAGAUCAGAGCCAGAGCUACACUACACAGAGUCGUCAUGGAGUCUCCGAGAUGUGGGACUGACUGAUCUGGGAGUAGGACAUCUGGUCAAACUCAUGGACAGGUUGUUGCCGUGCGUCCCUCAGGACAGGACACCAACAGCUCCUCGAGCUGAAUCAUCGCCCUGGAGGACGUCCUACCUGUCCUCCGAGUCCUUCUUUCACAACAAAUAUGGUUUUUCUCUCACCAGGAUUGGAGCGGCAUCUUCAGUUUUUUGCAGACGAAGUCCUUCUCCGCUCCAGACGGUGUGUGCCGAGCUAAACGUCUGUCCAGUGUUGAUGCAAAGACGAGGCUUUAAAACCCUGAAGUCUAAAACGAGGCGUCUCCAGAGUGGCUUGGAGCAUUCGCAGGAUACGGACACCUUCACGCCGUCGUUUAUGAAGAACUUACUUAUGCGGGAUAAGGGCCAAGUUCCCGAGACGUUAGACCAUCUUCUGAAAACCAGAAACAUUCCUGAUGCACAUCACGACGCUUUCAAGACGGGAUUUGCCGAGGGCUUUCUGAAAGCUCAGGCUCUCACACAGAGAACACAAGAGUCGUUACGGCGAACACGGCUGAUCCUGUUGAUCCUCUUGCUGGUAGGAUUGUACGGACUCUCCAAAACGCCGUUUCUUUCGGUGCGAUUCCGAACCACAUCAGGCCUGGAUUCGGCGGUGGACCCGGUUCAGAUGAAAAACGUGACAUUCGAGCAUGUGAAAGGCGUGGAGGAGGCCAAGAACGAGCUGCAGGAGGUCGUGGAGUUCCUCAGGAACCCACAGAAGUUCACCGCCCUGGGAGGAAAACUCCCAAAAGGGAUUUUGUUAGUCGGGCCUCCAGGAACAGGGAAAACCCUGCUGGCACGCGCCGUAGCCGGGGAAGCCGAUGUGCCUUUUUACUACGCCUCUGGAUCGGAGUUCGACGAGAUGUUUGUGGGCGUCGGCGCGAGCCGAAUCAGGAACCUUUUCCGCGAGGCCAAAGCGAACGCUCCGUGCGUGAUCUUCAUCGACGAGCUCGACAGCGUAGGAGGGAAGAGAAUCGAGUCUCCCAUGCACCCUUAUUCCAGGCAGACCAUCAACCAGCUUCUGGCUGAGAUGGACGGAUUCAAACCAAACGAAGGCGUCAUUGUUAUCGGAGCUACGAACUUCCCUGAAGCUUUAGAUAACGCGCUGAUCCGCCCGGGACGCUUCGACAUGCAGGUUACUGUUCCCAGACCGGACGUGAAAGGCCGGACGGAGAUUCUGAAGUUGUACCUGAAAAAAAUUAAAGUAGACCCCGCUGUGGAGGCCGAGAUCAUUGCCAGAGGAACGGUGGGUUUCUCCGGAGCCGAGCUGGAGAACCUGGUGAACCAAGCUGCGUUGAAGGCUGCCGUUGACGAGAAAGAGAUGGUGACCAUGAAGGAGCUGGAGUUUGCCAAGGACAAAAUCCUGAUGGGACCGGAACGUCGGAGUGCUGAGAUCGAUGAGAAAAACAAAGUGAUCACAGCCUACCACGAGUCAGGACACGCGAUCAUCGCCUACUACAGCAAGAACGCAAUGCCCAUCAACAAAGCCACCAUCAUGCCGAGAGGCCCCACUCUGGGUCAUGUGUCCAUGCUGCCGGAAAACGACCGGUGGAGUGAGACCCGAGCUCAGCUUCUGGCCCAAAUGGAUGUCAGCAUGGGGGGUCGCGUCGCAGAGGAGCUCAUUUUCGGAAAUGACAACAUCACCACCGGUGCAUCCAACGAUUUCGACAGCGCCACAAAGAUCGCCAAACUGAUGGUGACGCAGUUCGGCAUGAGCGAAAAGAUGGGUGUCAUGACGUACACAGACCUGUCGAAGCAAAGCCCAGAGACGCAAGCAGCCAUUGAACAGGAAGUCAGGACACUUCUGAGAGAAUCAUACGAGCGCGCUAAAGUGGUCCUGAAGGCCCGUGCGAAAGAGCACAAGAAUCUGGCCGAGGCACUGCUGAGGUACGAGACGCUGGACGCCAGAGAGAUUCAGAUGGUCUUGGAGGGAAAGACGUUGGACAGCAGAUGAGUCGUGUGUGUGUGUGUGUGUGUGUGUGUGUGUGUGUGUGUGUGUGUGAGAGAGAGAGAGAAAGUGAAUGCACAUGAAAGUCAAAGCAAUACAAGCUGAAACUCGAGCCUUUUACCAUUCGUAUGCUGAAAUCCACACUACUCCCUAAUAAUGACACACUCCUGCUAAAUUCUCCACAGUGGAGAGAUGCAGGGGAGUGUGCAGGAGAUCAGAGAAUUCUCUACGCACUUUGUAGACUUAAUGAUCGCGAUGUAUAGCAUGUGUACGCACUGAAUUGGGGGUUUGCUUUCUUCUCAUUUUGGCUUCAUGCUGGAUUUCACGAUCUGGGAAUUAUGAGAUGAACGAUUAGGAGGCUCAACGAUUCAGAGUGAGUUCACCAAGACGGGGUCUCACAACCUGGGAAUGUCAAAUGGCUGUAGCUGGAGAAAGUCCUGGAACAUUUUAUUUGGUGUCUGGUUCUCCACCUUUUCAGGUUUAUGAAAUGUCAAUCAAAGGCAAUGUGUAAUGAUUGUGUGUGUGUGUGUGUGUGUGUAUAUAUAUAAAAAAUAUAUAUAAACAAUAUAUGUGCUGGAUUGGGGGAAAAACCUAUAUUUAAAAGCCAUACACAUUGUUACAGCCUCCUUACAGGUUCGCUCGAGGGUCAGUGGAUCUGUGAUUUGCUGCAUUAGUGAAUUCAGUAAAUUUCGGUUUGGUCAUCUGCUUUUACUCAAUCUGUCAUGUAUAUACCAAUAAACGUACGUUAUGAAAGAA